AAUCAAUGCUGGAGAUCCUUGUUGAUCAAUGCCUGAUCAAUAUAAACAAUUGAGCCAUUUAAAAACAAAUGUAACCACGGGCGGCAUGUUAUUACCAACCCUGUGAUAUCCGCCAGGGUUUGUGUUAAAUGUUGGAUUAAGGUCAACAACAACAUUUCAUUUUAAAUAGUGCCUUUCAACAAGACAAAGAGACUUUGCGGGGUGUGUGUGUGUGUGUGUGUGUGUGUGUGUUUUCAAUAUUAAAUACAGUUGUAGUCUUUGGAGAAAUCCGACAGGGCGACGCUCAGGGCGUGUCGCGCUCCAUCACGUGAUUCCCACAUACUGGAUGAAGAAAAUGGCAGACAGAGAAAGAGAUACAGUGAGUAUGGAAACCAGUAACAGCUCGGCAGGGCAAGCACUGGGUCCCAACAGCGCGACAGACACAGCGAUCUUCGGCCAGAUCCGGGGCUGUGAUCCCGGGACAGACGCAGACUCGUACAUGCCUGUCCCUAAAAAGUCAGGCAGUCACAAUGAAAGCGGUGUGGAAACAGCAGAGGAGGCUGUUGAGCCGGCAGAGCCUGACAUCAAUGAGCUGUGCAGAGACAUGUUCGACAAGAUGGCUGUGUUCCUGCAGGGAGAACUCACAGCUACUUGUGAAGACUACAAACUCGUGGAAAACAUGAACAAACUGACCAGCCUGAAGUACAUGGAGAUGAAGGACAUCUCGAUAAACAUCAGCCGAAACCUCAAGGAUUUAAAUCAGAAGUAUGCAGAUCUGCAGCCGUACCUUGACCAGAUCAGUCAGAUUGAGGAGCAGGUGACAGCCCUCGAACAAGCAGCAUACAAACUGGACACCUACUCCAAAAAACUAGAGGCCAAGUUUAAGAAGUUAGAAAAACGUUGAAGCUCAUCUGAUAACAGCUGUGAGGUUGAGAAGGCGUGUUUCUUUGGCUGGCUUAAUCCUGAUGCUCUUGUCCACGUAUCGCUCAGUACGCAGUGGAGCUUUUGACAUGUGGAAAACCAUACGACCUGGAUUAAGGAGGUGCCACCUUGAGAGGUUGCUGAUACUGAAAGCAAAAAAAACAACAACUUUGAAACAAACCUGGGUCUGCCCAUGCCUGUUUUCUAAAAUGUAUUUUCACAAAUAGAACAUUCUGGGAGACGUCCCUAUUCCAGUCAACACUGUGGGAGGGUCAUCUUGAGGUACUGUAACAAGGGUUUGUGGCAGCGUGACAUUCCUCAUCUGUGAAUGAAGAUUGUGUGAGCGGCCACUACCAUUAACCUUUCACGUUACCCCAUGGCUUUAAAAAGACAAGGGCAAAAGUUUAAAUCCAUUUUCACUGUUGAAGUUGCUGUGAACAUAGAUGUAACAUAUUGUGCUUGUGGCAUUGCAGGCCAUGUUAACAGCCCAGCUAUUUAGACAUACACGGUACCCUUGUUUAAACCUGUGUUGCAGACUUCAAAAUGAAAACCUUUACGAUUAGAUGAUUGCCAUUAAGGUAUUCAAGCUUAAGUAUCAACACUAUCAAUACCACUCCUAAAACACCUCUGAAGAUUGCAACAAAGGGUUAAAUACAGUGUCCCUGUAGGCAGCUACAGUACCUGGUAGUGUUGUGGGCCAGUCUGUUAGAUUUGUUUCCAUCUGUUUUAAUAGCUUGAUAAGUAUCUUGUUUGCUGGUCCUGUGCACAUUUAUAUUAACCCUAGCAGUAGUGGCCCCAGUGUUACCAGAUUCCCCUGCCCUGCAUUCCAGGGCCACCUUUAAAGUCUUGUGUUGGAUUUAACACAAGUUAGUUACAAGAAGCCAGUCAAAAUGAACAGAGUGAAACAGCCCAAGCACUUCAGAAAUGAGUCUGAUUAAGGGGUUGCUAAGAUCAGCAUAAGCCCCAGCUUGAAGUUUAUUAAAGCAUUUUACAGCAUUGAGGAACCUCUCUAGAUUCCUUCAGCCACCUUACCAUGGUUAUCCUGGGAUGACACCCCAAAGUGAGUGCAAUCUAGGGCCAUUCCCUGUUACAGUAAAUUUAAACUUGACUGCAGUCUGGCAUUAACCUUGGUUUGGUGGGAAACAUAGUAUGCCUACCAGCCACCAGAUGGUAGCAUUCCCCUGUUGAAUGGGUACACCACAGCGCAUCUGCAAUGUUAUGUAUCGGUUUGUAUAGUAUAAAUAAGUGAUCUACAGUAUGUAUGCGUGUAUUUUAGUAAAUAAGAGAUCAUGAAUGUAGGUAAAACUAUUUGAACCUUGAUUUUAAAGCCUUUUUAAAAAAGUUUGCAGACUUUCACUAAUCUUACCCUGUCCUUAUCAAAGGUAACAUUAGGUAGUCUAACACCCCGUUCACACUUGCGGUUUAGGCCAGCCCAGGGCUGCCUUAUCUCGUGUGAACGCUCGAAAAAUGAAAAAGCGGCCCUGGGCUGGGUGAAAUUUAGACCAGCUUUUUGAUGUGUCCUAAAGUACCAAUGUCGCCUCAGGGAUGGCCUGUCUGUAUCUGUGAACCCAACGCAGGCCCUGGGCCGGCCUUAGAGCGUCAAUGCAGUGACAUACCUCAAACCACUCCCCUAUAAUGUCGGUUUUAAGGGGUAGCACCCUUAGUGGUCCAUUUAUUCAGCGCUUAGGCCCCCUAAAACCUCAAGUGUGAACGGAAAUUUUGAGACGGCCCAAGGACGAUUCAGUAAGUGAAACGAGGUGUAUGAUUACCGCUUUCAACCUUGAAAUAAUAAUAAUAAUAAUAAUAAUAAUAAUAAUAGAAAAAUGUGAACUGAACUUUCUUCAUAUGGGACUGAACACCCUCCAGACAUUCACUCUGAAACAUGCUUCCAGUCCAGGAACUGUUUGUACCAUUCAGAGCUUAACAACACUGAUACGGCUGUUACCAGGGGCUUUUCAGCACAGUAAUACAGCAGAAUAAUGAGAGAGAGAGAGGAACGCUACCCACUUGUGGGGUGGUGCACCACAUCACCACAGAAACAAUUUAUACAGUUAAAACAAAACAAAAACAUAUCCAGUUCUUUAUAAUAUUACAAUAGAAUUGGAUGAGGAAUGGGAUUGUUGUGGCUGGCUCUUGGAAAUGCUCCUGAUGCUAAUUUGGGCAGGCUGUUUUUUAAGAACCUUCUGUAACUCUAAAGAGCUCAGCUGGGUGGGAUUACUAUCUGAUCUUGUGAUGAAGAUGUAAGAGAUUAGUAAGGGGCCUCACUGCUAAACACUAGGACAUGUGUGCUUAUGUGUUUUGACAGGAUCUCUGCCAGAGAACAGGUGGUUCCAUCUCCAUUAUCACUUUUACUCUUGUGGCUUUAAUAGAGUCGGUUACGCUACCUUAUUAUUCUUUGUGCAAUUCAAUUUUAUAAACCAAAAAUAAAACUGGAGAUCCAAUGAGUGGAAAUGGAGCUGUGGGUAUACAUAAUUAGGCUGGAAUUCAGUUUGGGUUGUAGAGGUAAUGCAGAACCUCAAGGGACCUUCCCUCAUUUAAUGAACCAGUUUUUCUAUGUAACACUAAAGUUACAAUGUCUGUUUGAUCCAGUGCUUAGUGCAAGGAAUGCUUCUUAAAAUAUAAGUAGAAAAAUAUGACUCUCGUUGCAAAAAAUAUGUAGCUAGCGAGUUAGUGAAUUUAACUGACUGCUGUAACACAUUUUCCUCCAAAUGCUUUUUAGCGCUGUAGCAUUUCUGUCCACGAGAUGUGAGCAAAAUGUCUUUACUUAUAGAUAUUUCCUGUCGUUGCUUUCAGGGAACAACAAAUAAGAGGCAGUAAUUCAAGUGAUCUAUCGACUAACUUAUUCUCUCUGCAAUCCACACCCCAUAAACCUCAAAUCCAAUAUUAAUAGUAUUUGAAAUGUGUAUGUAUUCAUGAUUAAUUCAAUGUUUGUAUCAGGGUUAAGUUGAAUUUAUAAAAUGGGGUUUCAUUGUUUGACCCUGAAGAAACCUUAGCUAGUGAACUAUUACCAGGGCACAGUAUUACCAGCAAUGACAUCACAAUGGAUUUGGAACAAAGAUUGCACUGUUACUCCACAAUGCAUUUCAUUAGAUUUGCUAUCAGAGCCACAGGUCCAGCACAGCUAGUUCAGUUCUGUUGCAUUUCAGUACAGUAUACUGCUAGCACACACUAGCCCAGGCAAGCUACGCAAAACAAUAAUUCCCUUUUAAUUUAUUAUUGUGAGGUCAUGGAACAGGCUGCAUCCAUUCAAAGACAAGUCCUUUCUGUUCGUGGCAAGACCUACACACGUUUUGCAUAAUACUGCCUCCUUACAUGUUUUCAAUUAACAAACUCCCAAUCACAAAGACAGCACAGGGAGAGUAGAAUGAGGGUUGGUUGGGGGCACUUUGAGUGGGUCCCUGGCACAUUAAUUAAUGAAAACAUGUGUCGACUCAAGUGGUUUUGUUUUUAUCAAUCUGACCUGGAUCACAGCCCAUGUUUUUUGUAAAUUUGUUUGAAGAAAAUAUUAAAUAUCAUCAAAAUCUUCAUGGCUGAUUUGCUGGCUAUAGAAAUAGAUUAAGUCUAAUCAGCAAUGGUGCCACAACCAUUUAAGUCCCUGAGUAAGCUCCCAGUUAGUGAGCAAUAGUAAUGGGCCCGCUAGCUGCAGAGAUUUAUUAAGGGUGACACUUUCAUCUUGAUCCUGAGCCUGAAUGCUGCGUCUGUGCUGAUUAGGUCUUGAAGUUGUGUUCCACUGUAGAAAAAAAAAACCCCAAAAAACAUGGGACCAGAGAAAGGGCUAGCUGGAAUCUUUUAGUACUCUUCCUCAUCUGUGAAAGGUGACCUACACCUUCUAGUCACUCCAGACCUGUAGAAAAAACCUCCAUCACCUGAUACAAAUACGCACAGAUCACGUGUUGUGCACAGAGACGCCAACUUCAUAUCCCCGUGGGGGGUGGGGGGGGGCUGCCAAAAGUAAUUCAAUUUUAUUUGCAUUUAACUGUAAAAAAAUGUUUUGACAUCCAAGCCCCUGUUUUGUCAAAGCAAGCUGAUACUCUGGAGUUUAUGUUUACAUCAUCAGAACUAAUUUUAAAAUAAAUCUGGGUGUCAUCGACAUAAGAGUGGAAAUUAAAACCAUGUUGUCUGAUCACAUUACACAGCAGUAGCAUAUACAGAUUAGAAAGUAAGGGACCAAGAACAGAGCCCUGUGGAACCCCCGAAACAUCAAGUAAUGAAUUGCAGGCCAAUGUCAGUGGCAGUGAGCUGCAUUAACGGUAAUGUCCCUGACUAUCCCAUGGGGGGUUGCUUAUUAACAAGCAGGUACAUUUCUGCUGUUAUUAAACAAAUAGUGAUCACAAUGUUGCAGCUAAUUAGAAACAGCUACCAGGACUGAUAAAAACAGUAAGACUCAAUAUUGUAACAACACAUUUUAAUCAUAUUAGAGAACCGGGAAUGUAAAUGCCAAAUCCGACUUCGUUUUCCAAUUGGAAUGUGACUUGCACACACUUUGACUGUUGGAACACAUUUGCAUACACGUACAGUAGCAUCAUAAACAGUGUACCAAAUAGACAGUCGCGAGUCUGACAAGGGUGGGGGGAGUGAAACCAUGAUGAAAAAACGCUUCCACAGAGAGGAUUCAGGACUUUUCCUCCCCUGAGCGCCCCAUGACAUCAGUGAAUAACUUGUUCAUUAUCUCCCUCUCUAGCCACUCUAGAAAAACAGCUUGCCCCAGUGGGGCUUUGUUUUAUGGUCAGUAAUAGAUCAUUGUUUGAUCUGGCCCAGAUAUCUACUUACAAGCUGCUCUGUGUCAAACUUGCUUUUGGCUUGGUUCAAGGCACCUGGUUCAGUUUAGGAAUGAGUGACGCUGCUGUUAGUCCCUCUGGGGGGUGUGUGUGCGUGUGUGUGUGUUAGUAAAUCAGGACAUGAGCCUCUAACUAUCUUUGCAAAGGUUACUGUUGUGCUCUAGUAUUCUAAUUUACAAGGCGGCUCGUAAUGGCUUCUGACACAAUACGUUUGUCACAGUAAACCAUUUCAAUGUAUUGCCCUACUGAGUACUGCCAUGCGUCACAGCUUCCAGCUGCAAGCUGCAUGAUUGAUGCUCUGGCCCAACAAGCAAGGCAACGAGGAGGAAUGAGAAAGAACAUGCAGUGCGUAACUGCCGAGCUGCUCCGAGGCUCCACAUGCUGGGAAUGAAAUCGCUUUAACCCACUAGCAGCUCCACUGUGUGUGGGAGCUUGCACUGGGACAAGCUUUCUGUCUUGUUCUCUAGCCAUACCCCUGCACAGAUGAUACACACUGGUAACCUAGUGCUGUACCCGAUGUACCAUGGCAGUACCAGUGUAUGUUCCAAUUACGGAUAGUUGGCCAGAGAAAAGAGUGGUCCUGGCUGUUGUCCGUCCAUGCAGUGUCCAGGCAGUCAGUGUUCGCUUGAGAAAGAGAAUUACGUUGCAGCAGCAGCAGCUGGAGGUUGUUAUUCUCUGUGCAAACAUAAAAACCGGAAAGGAUGCAAGUUUCCGUAUAGUCAACCAAAACCCCAGUGCCGUUAUAGCAGCUGGCAGGUGAUUUGUUUAUUACUGUUUUGUAAUCAUAAGUUGAAUCUGUACUUCAUUACACAUAACCUGAACAAAUAUUUAGAUUUUAAACCAAUACAAAAUACAUGGAGGGAUGGUUUUCAGCUGGCAGGGUAUGUUAUUUCUGGCCUGCAUUCUGAAAAACCUUAAAGGUAGCAUGUUACUCGCCUACCAGUGCCUUGAUCAGACUACACCCAGCUACCUCCGGACCCUCAUCUCUCCCUACACCCCCACCCAUCCUCUCCGAUCCGCCUGCACUAGAAGACUGGCUGUACCUCCGCUA